AUGCAUAUCACUCCCACUGUUGCAGCCCUCUGCAUCGGUGCUUUAUCGAAAGCUGCUCAUGCGACUACAUCCCAGAAUUGUUGCGAAGCUUUGGAAGCCACUACCCUGAAGAGCCAGGUCGCCUACCCAAACAGCGAUGCGUACAAGACCUCGAUCGGCUCGUACUGGGCCGAGAACGUUCAGCUCGAGCCGACCUGUGUUUUGCAGCCCCGCACUGCGAAAGAGGUUUCUCUCGCCGUUUCCACACUCGUUGCCGCUGAUGGCGGAUCUUGCAAGUUUGCCGUUCGCGGUGGUGGCCACACUACCUGGGCGGGAGCGAGCAAUAUCGCCGAUGGCGUGACAAUUGAUCUGUCAUUGAUGGACACCACCACUUACAACGAAAAAGCUGGCAUUGCUUCUAUUCUGCCUGGAUCUCGCUGGGGAGGUGUCUACAAGACUUUGGCAAAAUACAAUGUGACGGUGCCCGGUGGCCGCUCUAAUGUUGUGGGUGUUGCUGGAUUUUUGCUCGGCGGUGGUAAUACUUUCCACACUUCACGUGUUGGAUUUGCUUGUGACAACGUCGAGAACUACGAGAUUGUUUUGGCUGAUGGAACCAUCAUUGAAGCUAACAGGGAUUCUCACGCGGAUCUCUUCAAAGCUCUGAAGGGUGGAUCCGGUAACUUCGGAAUCGUCACCAGGUAUGACAUGAAGGUCAUCGAAGGCGACAAGCUUUGGGGUGGACUUGUCACAUACGACAAUAGUACUAGCUUGGAGCAUCUCGAGGCUGGCCACGAGUUCAUCAAAAAUCAAGAAAAAGACCACUACGCUUCUUGGAUUGGUAUGUGGGAGUACUUGUCUCUGACCGACCAGAAUAUGGUUGCCAACGCCCUGGACAGCUCGAUGCGUAUUACCAACCUUUGGAACCUUACCGAGGAGAUAGUUCAGGCAUAUGGCUACCGCGACAUUUUCGUCACUGCUACCUUUGUGAACAACCUCGAUGUGAUGAAGAAAACUAUCGAUAUUCACAACAGAAUGAUUGAGGAGGCCAGGGGAAAGGCCAAGGGCAAGGACUACACCAUGUUCACCAUGAUCCAGCCUUGGCCCAAAUUGUUCACUGAGCACAGCAUUAAGAAAGGUGGUAAUAUGCUAGGCCUUGACCGUUUCGAUGAGAACUUGUUCCAGGUCCUGGUUGACUACUCGUGGAAGAAUGAGGCUGAUGAUGCCUUGUUCAACGGACUGGCCAAUAGUGCUCUUGAGGAGUUGGUCAACUACUCGAAGUCAAUUGGAGCUGACAAUGAGUUCAUUUACCUGAACUACGCCAACAGCAACCAAGAUCCUCUGUCUAACUACGGCCGCGAGAAUGUGGAGUACAUGCGUACCGUCGCUAAGAAGUACGACCAGACCGGUGUUUUUCAAACCCAGGUGCCUGGCGGAUUCAAGAUCAGCGCUGUGGGCCAGUGA